AUGCCUGCCAUCAUCGAGUCCUCGGUCGUGGCCGAGAUCCCCGGACCUCUGUCCAAGGCCGCCGCCAAGCAGCUCGAUUCUGUCUGGGACUCCCGUGCCGUCUACUUCGUCGCCGACUACGACAAGAGCGAGGGCAACUACAUCGUCGACGUCGAUGGCAACAAGUUCCUCGAUGUCUACUCCCAGAUCGCCUCCAUCCCCGUGGGCUACAACAACCCCGCCCUCAUUGAGGCUGCCAAGUCCCCCGAGAUGAUCUCUGCUCUGGUCAACCGCCCUGCCGUCGGCAACUUCCCCUCCAGCCAAUGGCACGACAUCCUCAAGAACGGUCUCCUCCGCAUCCACCCCGAGGGUCUCGACAAGAUCUUCACCGCCCAGUCAGGAUCCGAGGCCAACGAGCUGGCCUUCAAGGCCGCCAUGAUGCUCCACCGCCGCAAGGAGCGUGGUGAGGGCGUCGACUGGACGCACGAGGAGACCUCCUCUUGCAUCGAGAACUCCAAGCCCGGCUCCCCCGACCUCGCCGUCCUCUCCUUCGCCAACUCCUUCCACGGCCGCGGCUUCGGCUCACUCUCCACCACCCGCUCCAAGGCCGUCCACAAGCUCGACAUCCCCUCCUUCGACUGGCCCAAGGCCACCUUCCCCGCCCUCAAGUACCCCCUCGAGAAGCACGUCGAGGAGAACGCCGCCGAGGAGAAGCGCUCUCUCGACGAGGUGGAGAAGCUCAUCACCUCGUGGCGCUUCCCCGUCGUCGCCCUCAUCGUCGAGCCCAUCCAGAGCGAGGGCGGCGACAACCACGCCUCCCCCGCCUUCUUCCAGGGCCUCCGCGACCUGACCAAGAAGCACGGCGUCACCUUCAUCGUCGACGAGGUCCAAACCGGCUUCGGCGCCACCGGCAAGUUCUGGGGCCACUCCCACUGGAACCUCACCUCCCCUCCCGACAUCGUCACCUUCUCCAAGAAGGCCCAGACGGCCGGCUACUUCUUCGGCGACCGCCAGCUCGUCCCCGACAAGGCCUACCGCCAGUUCAACACCUGGAUCGGUGACCCAGCCCGUGUCAUCAUGAGCGGCGCCGUCGUCCGUGAGAUCCUCGACAAGAAGCUCGUCGAGCAGACCGCCCGUGUCGGUGAGGUCCUCUACGCCGAGCUCGAGAAGCUCGCCGCCAAGUACCCCGAGUACAUCAAGAACCUGCGAGGCAAGGGCCAAGGCACAUACAUCGCCUUCGACACCGUCGACUCGGCCACCCUCGUCAAGUCGAUGAAGAAGCUCUUCGUCAACAUUGGCACCUGCGGUGUCAACACCGUCCGCCUCCGACCCAUGCUCAUCUUCGAGGAGUCUCACAUCCCCACACUGCUGGCAGCACUGGAGAAGGUUAUUGAGAGCAUGUCACUGAUUUGGUGA